AUGGACACUCCGACGCGUGUGCAUACAGGACCUGUGUUGGGGGCUCCUAGACAGGUUGUGGACAUGACCUACGGGACAUGUCUUAGUCACGAGUGGCUGAAGCUUAUUCGAGAGGAGGUUGGUGAGAUCCACGCCUUCGAACUCCCCGAUGAGCUAGCAGUGGAGCUAAUGGACGACGACAUGAAGGUCGACGAAGCCUUCAACUUGGUCGGAAUCAGAGCCUCCGUCAAGCGCUGGCUGCAAGAACUCGACAGAGAUCUUUUCAAAAAAGAGGCUCGGAAAAGACACCUUGCCUUCAUCGGGCGCCAUUGUAUCCGCCGUGGCGGACGACUGGGGGAUUGUUACGACGGGCCCAAGUUCCUCGAAUACAUUCACAAGGCACAGGACCUGUUACUUAUCAUGAAGUCUGACUGCCAACUACUGUCUUAUAUAAAUAACCCGUUUCACUACCAUCGGGUCUCCGCAGGCGAACCACCCCGCUUUACUCAUGUAAGGAUGCCGUCCAACCUCAAUUAUCAACUUCGCUCACUGGAUGAUCUAUUGACAACCGAAGAGUACACAGAUGAUGGCACCAUUUCAAAUACAAAGGAGAAGUCAGACAACACCUUAGAGUCAGACAACACCUACUUGGAGUCAGACAACACCUACUUAGAGUCAGACAACACCUUAGAGUCAGACAACGCCUACUUAGAGUCAGACAACACCUUAGAGACAAACAUACUCAUGUCAGACGACA